UUCGGUUUCAGGGAGCGGAAUGCGGAGCCGCAAGUGGGUUACACCAACCUGCCGUCCACACCAAGAAACUCCAUCGACGUCGAAGAAUAAAAAAAAACUGGGAGCGUGAGGAAGACAAAGAUCCCUGUCACAUUUUGUUUACUUGAAUUAGUCUUCCCUCAUUUAUGGAAAGAAACUGUCAAUGACAGUCGUGUCAGUAAUAAUGCAUGGCGUGGCGACAGUGAAUGGGGAUGAAUGUGACUGCAGUAUUCCUUAAGCAGCUUUCAGCGAUAAUCGACGCGCACUGUCCACCUUCAUCAGGCAAUACAGGCUUCUUUGAAUGAGCCGGGGUAUUUUUUUUUUGAAAGCGGAUAUCCUGCACGAUGAGGCUGUGAUUUGCCGGCUGUCGGUGGAGCUGCUGCUCAAGCUUCAGAUUUGCGUCGACUCAGUUCGCUCAGGAGCCAGCGCUCGAACCAGAUUAUAGAGGGAGGGCGAGACUUUGCAGCGCCAGCAGUCAGAGCUCUCUCGCUGCUUGUCAUAAGCAGGGACAAACCGACAGACAGCAGGUGUGAAGUUCGAGUUAUAUUUGUCCACAUGAAGGAUGUGCGUGAAUGCACUUGAGAAAUGAAGAAAGGAUGUGGGAAGUGCUUGUUCCUAGAGAAUUAAGCAGGCAGAAAAGACGUUACUGCAGUCAGGGAAUGAGAGCAGCUGUUGAAGAAAUCAAUGCUUGGAAUGGGCUGGAUUUUCAUGGAGUCAAGAGACUCCAUGGAGGAGUGAAAGUGGCAGCCAGCCCAGAUUCCAAGAUUCAUGACCCCAUUCCAGUUGUUGGUAAAUUUUAUGGAGUCAGGCCAAUUUUUAAAUCACUCGUGAUUCACAGCACCUCAGAUGUGUCUAGAAAACCUAGUUUGGAUGAGGGAAACAUUUCAAAGCCAGGAGUUGUAACUGAGCCUAGCACUAAGCCUCACCAUAAUUAGGCUUAGUUUUAAUGUGGAUUUCAAUAUCAGAUGAGUUACUUCCAGGAUAAAGGAUAUGCUGCGUCUUGUGAAUUCUCUGUGGAGAAAGUCUGAGGUGAAAGCUAAGAUUGAAUUCUGAGUCACAAACAUCAUGCAUUUGAUUCUUUGCCCCUCCUGAUGAAUGGAUCUUUGGUUUUAAUACACCUGUAAGGAAGACAAUUACAAAUUAAUCAGGAGGUUGCCAUUCACCACCAUGAUGAAGAUACCUGAGAAACGACACCAGUUAGCCAUGAAGAAGCUGUGAACCAUAGAAAAUCUGCAAAGCUUUCUGCUUUUACAGACUUCUUGAAUUUUCAUGAUGUACAUAAUGGCAUAAACUUCAAAAAUUGACCGUUUGAUUCUGCAUCAAUUUUGUCCUAUAUGUGAUAUAAUAUAAAGACGUCAUCAGAAUGGCUUCGAAGGUCUCAUGUUUAUAUAUUUUAACAGUUGUUUGCUGGGCAAGUGCUCUUUGGUACUUGAGUGCAACUCGUCCUUCAUCAUCUUAUGUCGGGCACAGCUCAUUUUCCCGUAUUGCGGUUGAGAGAAAAAAUUUCAGCUUUACUAAUAUUCGAACUCGUUCCCUGAAUCCACAUAAUUUCAAUUAUCUUAUUAAUGAGCCUAACAAAUGUAAGCAACUUAGCCCUUUUUUAGUGAUUCUUGUAAGCACAACACACAAAGAGUUUGAUGCACGGCAGGCCAUAAGGGAAACAUGGGGAGAUGAAAACAACUUCAAAGGAGUACAACUGGUCACCUUAUUUCUGCUUGGAAAGAACACAGACAAUGUUUUGAAUGAGAUGGUUGAACAGGAGAGCCAAAUAUUUCAUGACAUUAUUGUGGAGGACUUUCUAGAUUCCUACCAUAACCUUACUCUGAAAACUUUAAUGGGUCUGAAAUGGAUAGCCAACUUUUGUUCAACAGCAAAGUAUGUAAUGAAAACUGACAGUGAUAUUUUUGUCAAUAUGGACAAUUUGAUAUACAAAUUACUCAAACCAAACACAAAGCCACGGAGAAGAUAUUUUACUGGCUAUGUUAUUAAUGGGGGACCAAUAAGGGACAUUCGCAGCAAGUGGUAUAUGCCUAGAGAUUUAUACCCUGACAACAAUUACCCACCAUUCUGUUCAGGCACAGGAUAUGUCUUUUCUACAGAUGUGGCUGAAGCUAUUUAUAAAACAUCUCUUCAUACUAGAAUGCUGCAUCUUGAGGAUGUCUAUGUUGGACUCUGCCUGCGUAAACUUGGCAUUCAUCCCUUUCAGAAUAGUGGUUUCAAUCAUUGGAAGGUUUCAUACAGUUUGUGCAGGUAUCGUAGACUAAUUACAGUGCACCAGAUAUCUCCUGAAGAAAUGCAGAGGAUUUGGAAUGAAAUGUCAAGCAAAAAACAUCUUCGAUGCUAAAUGUACAUAAGUACAUGAAUGAUUUACAGAUGCUUUUUGUUGCCACUCAACCUCGAAUCAAAAAUCUGUGUUGAUUCACUAAGGCAGUUAAAAUGUUUUUACAGCAGAGAAGGAACUUUAACCUCUUAUAAUGGCACCCACUGUCACAAAUAUAAAUGCUGAAUAAUUUAACCUAACAGUUAAUGACUGCAAUUACUAUCAUAUAUAGUAAUUAAUUGAAAUGGUCUUGUUUGUUGUUGGACUGUACAUUUAAAGUAAAUAAAAAAAGUUAGGUGUAUGUUUUAGUUCAUUUAAAAAUAAUUAAUCGUGUAUUGAUAUAUGUGUCAUGGGAUAAACAGUGUUAUUGCUAGAAGUGAUAUUUAUUAUACAUUUAUUGCUUAUAUAAUUAUGUUACUUGCUUAAGAAGAAUGUGCAAAUGCCAAGAUUUUCAACUUAAAUUUACCUUUUAGUAACUAAGUAUUUUAUUUAAAUGCAUUCAUAUAAGCGAUGUGUGGAUCAGAGAAAAUUGAUACAAAGUUCAGUUUAGUUCAGGAUUGUAAAACUCAGUCUGGUCAACUCAUCCAGUACAGUGUAAUUUGUUAAACCUGCAUAAUAUCCAUAAUUAUUUGAUUCUUUAUAUAAGGGUAAUGCUGCCUUUCUUUAAGAAGGAUGCUCUGGACACCUUGAAUGCAUUAUCUUACUUGGUCUACAGAAAGUACUGGAUAUCAUUCUACUAAAGUAUGUCAGAUUAUAGUUUUAUGAAGAUAAAUAAAUUGUAAUGCAUUUGAUUUUCUUGACAUAUUGAGUUAUUGUAAGUGGUGUGAAAAUAAGUGUUUUAAGUGUGGAUUGGAUAACAGAUAAUUGAGUGAUUUAAUAGUUAUAUUGUAUGUACAUAAAUAUUAAGAACAUUAACUUUGACCAACAUUAAAACUGUGCUGUGAAUUUGUUACAGGAUUCAAACAUUUACCAUCUUCUAAAUGGUAAAUUAAAGACAGUUUGAAUAAUGUAGUGUUCAAAUCAAGCUGAUACAUUGGCAUUCGUAUACAUAACAAACUGUAUGUAUUUGUACAUGCAAAAGAGAGAGUUUGAAUAUCUUUACAUUAUGAUAUCAUAGUUGUCUCCUCUAUCAAACUGACUAGUUAAAAAAAGCUGAGAGCACAGAUUUUAAUGUUUCAAUAAAUAAUAAUUUAUUAAGCAUUUCAAGAAAUCAGUUUUCAAUGUUCAAAGUAAGGUGUGGCUGUAUUGUGAUUUUGCGUUUGAAUGCAUAUUUUGUGAUGUGAACUAAAUUAGAUUCAAAUUCAAAGGCUGGAAUUGAAUGGAUGAAUGUAGAAUUGACUGAAAGCCGAUUGUAAAGUGGUUUGGUAUCUUUGUAGAAUGCUGUAAACUCAUCAGUACACAUAUAUUCUGAAAUGUAUAUUACAGCUGUCCUUGUUUUUCACUCUUUUAAAAGAAAACAAACUGAAAAUGCUCAGUGGGUGCUAUAUUUUGUGUUUGUAUUUUUUAGAAAAGCUGCAUAAAGUUAUUUUGAUUGCAAGUGGGUAUUUAAAAUCUAGAAAUGUAGGAUUCUAUAAUUAUUUGAUUCUAUGAAGUAAUGAAAUUAUUUACUAUUUUUAAUUUAAUUGCAAUGAAUCGCAGAAAGAAGCGAAUGCAUGCUUGUAAAAUUAAAGAUCCAGGGGAGAGUGAUGUUUAACAGUUAUUUUUGUUCACCAAUUGACUGCUGAGUGUACAAAUCUUAACAUUUCUGACAUGUUAAAUGAGUAGCUAGUGAGUUAAGUACCUCAAUAUCAAAGCAUUUCACAUAUUUCAAUACUUUCAUUGAAGCUCUGUUACAACAUAACUUUUGGAGAAGCAGAAUAGCUCAGGUAGCAAAUUACAGAUCUGUUAAUUGCAUUUCCAGAAUUUGCUGUCUGAUUUGCUUCAUAAUAACAAUGAUCACAGACAGCUUCAAUUUUAUAAAUUUCAUUUUUUAAAAAAGAAUUGUACCAGUGAUAUCAAACCAAUUCUGCUGUCCCUUUGCUUAUAUGCUGGCAUUUUUUUAAAAUUGAGAUAGAAUUUUUAGACAAAUAAGUAUUAAGUAAGUAUAAGUCUUUAAUCUUUAUCAUUGUAUUAUGAUUAUCAAUGGUACAUAAUGUUCUGAAGGGUGCAAAAGAUCACUGAGGAUCAUUCUGUGCCAUGCGUUGAGGAAAUUGUAAUUUGAUUUAACUGGGCAAAAGUUGACUGAGCGACAGAUAAUCCAGCUUUAUUCUUAAAAUGCUGGAAGGAUAAUAUAAGCGUAAACAGAUAACAUACGUAAAUUGUACCAAUAGAACAUACUUAAAUGGAAAACUGCUGCAAGAUUAGAAACUAAGUUUGUUUUUCUAUACAACAUGGUAAAUAUAUACAAAAUUGCAAAGAAUACCUAUUUAAAGCAAAUACUGAUGAAUGCCAAGUAACCCUCUGUGCCUUGGUUAAAUAACUAAUCUUGGCAGUGGCAGAAACAGCAUAGCCUAGAUAUCUAAUGCUGCGGUUUUAAUGUAAAGAUGCAAGCACUUCAGAGCCCAAUAGAGUGUACUUAUUUAAUUCAUAGGCAAAAUUUCUAUUUUAGGUUUCGUAAGCUGCUGGUGAAUGCACAUACCAUGUGUUCUCAGAGUGGCCAAGCCAGAGGUCCAUAAAGAGGCAUCUGGAGGCUGCCACCCACAAGAUAAGUUUCGAGUUUUGUUGUGAUCUAAAAGAGUUGGGGAAAAGAACUGUGCUGUUGCUAACUCAUACAAGCUCCUCACAUAAGCCAUAAACUUACCUACCUUUGAUACUUCUGUAGGCCUGCAUCGCAGCUGACCAAUUUUACUCCUUAUCCAAAUACCCUUCUUGUCCUCAACAUUGUAUUGUCAUGCCCACAUCUGGAAAGCUGUGUCCAAAGUCAGGAAAGACUCUGAUAUUAAGAAUUGGUAGUACAGAGAUUGAAGGGAAUAAUUACCAAAACCCUGUCAUCGGUCACCUUAAGCUAUAAUUAAAUUGUGGUUUGGUUGCAAUAUAUCAGCUAUGUAUUGCAUACAUAGUUGAAGAGUGUGACACUGGAAAAGCGCAUCUGAGGAGCAGGAGAAUCGACAUUUUAGACAUAAGCCUUUCA